CAAUCCCCACGACUGACUUCCAUCUGAGUGGUGGGAAACCCGGAUGUCAGACUGACCUCCUUUCUGUGAAGGGAGGAGACUCUGGAGUUUCACACCCCUCGUGGCUUGAUUUGAUCAAUGGAGAUACAUAUAAGAUAUUCUUCGACCUUAAAAGGGAUGUUAACUACAAGAUAAGGAGGAGUUCUGAAGCCUUGGUCGUUUAUUCGGACGGAAGGUGGAACUGCCAUGCUCCUGAAGACACGCUUCACGUAUACGACAGCUAUUUAAACGGCGGGAGUGGUAACACUGAUAACAAGAAGGUCUCCUGCUAUGGUUUUGUAAUGACGUACGAUGAAAGCAAUGGCAAGAUGGUCGUCACAGAAGACGAUUAUAAAGCUACCAUAAAGGAGUUAGGCAGAUAUUCUUUGCGUCCCAACACCGUGAACUCAAUUGUGGCCAGAGUCGAGUACGUCAGUCCAUUGGAGCACUCCCAGAGCAGCAGUUCGGCUUUAGCGAGUAUCAUGGAAGCGCCCUGCGAGGUGAAGUGGUCCAACUCCUACCAGAUCAAACCUGCAGAGGUGGGCGGAAAGUGUCUGUACUUUGUUGCGGCGUCUGCAGGAGACAUUUUUGUUGUCUUUUCCGCCAUCCCGAGGGACAAGACCACCUGGUACCAUCUCCAGAUCAGUUUCCAAGGUGUUGCGCUCUACAAGGGAAUGAAACUGGUUAAAUACGAGGGAGCGAAAAACGCUAGAAGUCUUGGAGAUCGGAAACUGUUUCGGCCAUACUUCAUUUGCAUUGAAGAAAACAUGGAAGAACAACGAACGGACAUUAGAUAUGGCAUCGGCUCAGAUAAUUCAGAAAAGGGCUUGAUAUACAUGAUCUACAGUGAUAAUAGUGAGCCAUUGGGUAUUCUGUUCUACUCCUUUGGAAGCGGGGAAAAAGACAUAGAGAUCAUGGACGCCAGGGUCAUUGAGGGAGGCGCCACAGGACAAAUGGAAUGUACAGGGGGAACUACCAUGGUGGAUGGCAGAUGUGUGGAAGACUGUCACCCAGAAUGUAACGGAUGUAUCCCAAGGUCCCCGGGAUCAAAGCUCGACACCGAAUGUCGUCUCUGUAAGCACGUUUCCCUUAAACUGGAUGGUGGAGCAGUCCAAUGUGUGGCAGCAUGCCCAGAAGGAUUUCUUGCCAGUAAGGAUGGCUUGUGUGUGCAACAGUGUCACGAAGAAUGUAACGGAUGUACCCCAGGGUCCCCAGGAUCACAGCUCGACACCGAAUGCGUCGAGUGUAAGCACUACUCCAUGACUAAGCUUGAUGGAACUACUCAAUGCGUGCCAACAUGUCCUCCCGACCUAAAACCGUCACUAAAUGAAAUGAAGUGCCGCCUAUGUCCACACUACGCCGUCCGCAUGGAAGAUCAGACACUUAAAUGCGUUUCAGCAUGCCCCGCCUACCAUGCAGUCGGCGACGAUGGAUUGAUGUGCGAACCAUUUUGGAGGGACGACGGAAAAUGUGGUUCAGGAAACGCCGCACCAGGAAAGAAUCCCGGACAGUGUGACCCAAGCGGUGCUGAGCCCUGUUGUUCCCCACAGGGACAGUGUGGAGCUAGCGCCGCCCACUGCACCUGCUCAGGCUGUAAAGACUACCGAUGGCUGGACAUGAAAACGGUAAGGGUUGUUGGGCAAUCAGGAUAUCCGCAUGCGAGCGGAGGAGUGACAUAUGGUGCCGAAAAAACUGUGGAUGGGAACGUAGGAACCUGGUGGAACGCUCAAGGUACCAACCGAUGGCAUAACAACUGGUACAUCGCUUACGACCUCGGAGCGCCCUUCACAGUGACCAAAGUCGCUCUUAUUAACUUUGGAGACUCAGCCCAUGACGUCAAAAAAUUCCAAAUGUUAAAGUCAGAGAGGAAGAUGCCAUGGAGCUGGUCGUUUGCCAUGUCCGCUAUUAACGUGAGAGACAGUACGGAUGCUCUACAGGAAUUCGGCGGUUUCAGGGAAACAGCGCAGUAUUGGCUAUUCAUAGUCAAGGAGACUCAUUCUGGCUACCAGCCGUGGUUAAAAGAAGUGCAAUUCCAUGGAUUCACAACUGUUGUCAACGUCGCCAAGGAAAUGGAAGCGUCUCAAACCAGCAGCGCUGAUGGCGGGGUCGCCAGGCUUGCUGUAGACGGGAACAUCGAUACCAACUGGGCUGGCGGAUCCUGUACCAGAACUACCGCAGUGGAUAAUCCCGUUUGGAAGGUGGAUCUCUCUCAGUCGUAUGCGGUUAAGAACGUGGUCAUCUUUAACAACGAUGACCGAAUCAACCCCUUCAACAUCCACAUCGGGGAUAACGAGGACGUAAGCACGAACCCCAAAUGCGGUGGUGACCAUCGUUUUCACAGGAAUUCGAAUCCACGUGAGAAAUCAGUUUCCAUGAACGUUCCAUGUGCUGGAAUGCGAGGACGUUAUGUGGGCAUCCGUGCACCCGGAUCUUCCCGAGUUCUCUCCUUGUGCGAAGUCCGAGUGUUUUCUGAUGACAUCUGAUGGGAUGACCCUUACGGACACUGCGGUCAAGAAGAAUGCAGCGAAUGAGUGACUGCAGAAAACUCAGCGUCAUCAAGAAACAAUAACGAAAAUUUGCUUUCAACUUUAAACAAAGCUUUUGGCAUGCCGUUACCCGAAUAAAAUACAAAAUAACUUAAUGUUUCACGUUUUGUAUUAUAUACCUGUCUCUCUAAGCAAGGCCUAGAGAGACAGGUAUAAAAUACAAAACAUUAAAAGUUAAUUCCAAAAUAGUUUCAUCAGGUUGGUAGAAUAUAAGAGAAUUCUUGUACGCAACCAGGUUAAACUUAAUUGCUUAGGUUAUGGUUUAAAAAAGUCAACCCCAGUGAUGAACUGGGACGAGGGAGGGUACAAACUUGGCCACGUUUGGGAUAGUGUUUUCGCCGCAAAGGCGCCACUUACUUCGGCUACAUAUAGCGGCGAGAAGCAGAAAUCCAGUGAGAAGCUUCGAGGAAGGUGUCUGAUAGACACCGAAACGUCAGCAAGUACGUUUAACCUGGUUGUGUACAAGAACUUUCCCAUAUCAAUUAAAAGUUUUAAGUUUUGAUUAUUGAAAACAAUCGUUUACAAACGUGAAGCUUUACAGUGUUCCUUUUGGCCCAUUACAGUGUUGCCAGUGAAUCCUCAAUGCAUAUUGCGCUACAGUUCAACCGCACUAUAUAAAACUUAUGCUAGCCCUUAUUGUUAUGGUGAUUAGGAUAUUUUGCCCUUUAUCUUUAUCUUUACUUUGUACUUUGUGUAGUUACUAUUGCCAUACAUUUUACUAUGUACAAUUGACAUGCAAUGAAGUCCAUUCAUUCGCUUUAGAAUCCCAUUGAAUACAGGAUAGUUGACAUGUAGACUUUGGUAUAAAUGGAAAAAAAUACCAUAAAAGGGGUCACAAAUUCGCAGGUGGUUAAAAUUUGUAUGUAGCUUUAGAAAAACGUACCUAACGAAAAUACAACAAUAUUAGUAGUAAGAAAAGAACAGCCGUACUGAUAUUACAAAACCAAUCUAUAUACCAAAAGGUAUACCCUUAAAAAGGGACCGCGUGGCGCAGUGGCGGCAUUUGCGGCUCGAGACCGAGAGGUUGCGGGUUUGAAUCUAGCCGCUGCCGU